AUGGUUUGGCCAGCUACGCAUUUGAUUUGCCAGCACUUGGCGUCAAAUUCGUUCAAUCCUGGCGACUGCGUCCUAGAGCUUGGAUGUGGUUGCGGGCUUGCGGGUAUAACUGCAUGUUUAUCACGAAGGUCCACGCUAAAUCAAUGGGUCUCAACUGACAUGGACGAGAGAGCUCUGGACCUCUGUCGCGAAAACUACGCCGUGAAUGGUAUAUCAAUCGACGUGGCAGACUCUGUCGCGAAAAUUGAAAGCCUCAGGUGGGGGGACGAGAAUCGAAUUGCUUCGAUUCUCCAUGAGUUGCGAAAGCGAUACGAGGAUAAUGGAAAGCUUUUUGACAGUCUGGUCGGAGCAGACAUUGUCUAUCCCUCAACUUGCGGCCAAGUUCUAUUGGAUCUGUUGAGAACGGUAGAUGCCUUGCUCAAACCGGGCGGGACAUUCUGGCUUUCAUUUGCUACACGAGAUGGACCGAGGACACCCUAUCGGCUACUGGAAGUAGCUAGUGAAACAGGUUUUGCGCUUGACUGCUUUCCACCACUCGAUUCCAGUACAGCAAAUCUCAUGCCACCGAUGCUGGACAGUAAACUACUUAUUCUUAAAAGAUCCGUCGAUGCACGCGAUCGAAACGCAAUGAUCGGAUACGAGUCCUGUCGUAUAUUUCCGGGAAUGCUUCUGGCGUUGGACCACCUUGACAGCCCGUCGAGUGAUGAUGAUUGGGAUGCACCUCCUUUAAAUGACGACACGGAUGGCUAG